CCACCCCUCUCUGCCUCCUCCCUCCGAAACCACACCUCCUCCUCCCUCUCCAAUCGCGGCGGCGGCGGCGGCGGCAUCCAGCAUCCUCCUCCUCCUCCCACAGUAGCCAAUCCGUCCGCCUCGUGGCCCCGUCGUCCUCGUGCUCCGCUCCGCGGCUCUGGAGAUCCAGCCGGCCUUGGAUUGCGGUCCUCGUCUCGCGGAUUUUUCGACCACAUGCAUCCUUCUGGAUUUGUCUAGUUUCUAAACCAUUCUUUCAGACUGGCAGAUAUCAAGAGACCAUACACAUCUCGCACCUCUAAGUGGGUGUGGGCCUUCAACAAUUCCUUCACAAGCCUAUCUUUGCCUUUGGGAGUAAGCCCAACUUACAUCUGGAGACUGCGCCGAGCCUUGGAAGGUCUUUUUGUUGAUUACGGCUAAUUUCCAACGGCAGCUGAGAUGUAACAAAUUUGCUUGGCUGAGUUCUCUAGAAAAGGUCCUGUGAUUCAGCAAUGUGAUUUGUUUCAUAGUGUUUUUGGUGUCUUGGUGAUUAAAGCAAUCCGGUGUAAGAUCAGUUCAGUUCAGUUCAGAGUUGAUUUCUUAUGGUUAGGUUCUUUUGCUUUUCAUCCUCUACCACACAACACAGAUCCAAGGAGGGUUUUCCCCCAGCAGAUGAAGCCAUGCGUGCCGCUUCAAGGAAGGAUUCUCAGGAACAAACGGUGAAGUCCACGACUGGGUUAGCUAGUCCAAACCAGAUGACAGAUGAAAAUAAAUGCUCAGCUAUGAGCGGGCAUUAUGGCACUAGCCCAUCAUCUCAUCGAGGAUGCUGCAGGUCAGAAGAUUUGAAUAGAUAUGCAUGCUCUGAUGAGGGCAAGGAGGUUUGGCACCUAAAGAAGAGCCAGCCUCUUGGAAACAUUCUUCAAAAGGAUCGUGAUCAUAAUUGUAGCGAAGGUACUGAGUGUGAUUUUACAGAUCAUGAACACAAAUGCCGCCACUCUAGUUUCAAGAGCAGUGCAGUUGUUGGAGAAUCUAGUAAGGCGUGCAGCCCAAAAAUUGAGGAUGCUUUUGAUGCCUCAUCUGACCUGAUCAGCCAUGACUUUUGUGAACCUCUUGACUCCGAUAGCCAUCAUCACAUAUCUUAUGUCCAAAGCAAAUUCCCAAGAUCACAAUCUGCCAUAUUCCAGAACGAUACCACCAGUGAUCAAGAGGGUUCUGUUGAUUCUGGGAUACUGGGGUCUCGUUGCCGAUCUGUUGAGGGUUUAUGUUCAUUGAUUGACGAGAAGGUUGACUACCUGAGUGGUGGUGAAAUGCACCGAUGUACAUCGAAUUUGGAUGUGUAUUGCGCGCCUUCUUCUCCAGAUGCAUAUCGGACAUUAAACAUUGAAGAUAAUGGCUCAGUUGGUUGCUCUGAUGCUGCUGAAGGAGGUCAACGGUCCACCGGGAGCACAGAAGAAAAUUUUAUCAGGGAUGGGAUUCUAGUAGGUCAGGAAUACUGGGAUGGCAAAUACAUUUGCACUGACAACUCGGUGGAUCCAGUUGUCCCUUCCUGUGCUGAUUCAGGGCAUGCUUUUCACCACUCUGGAAAUGAUGGUGGCCUUAGUGAAGCUAUGGAUAAAGAGAGAGAAGAUAAUCUUUGGAACAGAGAUAGCAUACACCACCAAUCACUUGUUGUUGAAGUGCCUGACUCAGUGGAAAUUUCUUCUGAUACAAAGGACAUUAGUGGAGAAGCUGAUCACAAUAAAACUGAUAUUGAUGGGGACCCAAAUGAACUUACUCCAAGAACCUAUAACAUUAAAAGAAUUGAGGAUUGGAUCAACCAAAUUGAUAUGGAUGCCAUCACUGUGGAUGAGCAAGGAGAAAGUUCAAUUUCUGCUUCGACUGAAUCUUGUGAGCCAACAGCUGGUGUUCGUGCUGUGCGGCCUGAUGCUAAAAGUCCACUUGGCAUGGAGAUAGCCUACACUUAUAUUUCAAAAUUAACUCCUGCUUCAUCGUCGGCACAGUUGGCAAGCCUUGGUUUGGUUGCGAUACCAAGACUGAGCGCUUUCUCAGGCUUACGCUUGUUGAACUUAUCAGGGAACUCAAUUGGUAUGCACUUUUUCUCUCUUAGUUCAACAAUUUUGUGUGGCAUGCUGCUUGUCUUUGCUUCUCUUUCUUUUAGGGGUGGUGGUGGACUGGUGGUAGUACUGCUCACCUGUUUCAUUAAAGAUUACGGCAUCACGUUUCUAAUAUUUGGGUCGUUCUGCACAGUGCGAGUAACUGCAGGAGCUCUUCCAAAAGGCCUUCACAUGCUAAGCCUGUCGAAGAAUAACAUCUCAACUAUCGAAGGCCUAAGAGAAUUAACACGAUUGCGCUUGCUGGAUAUCAGUUAUAACAGGAUAUCUAGAAUCGGCCAUGGAUUGGCCUCCUGCUCCUCGUUGAAGGAGUUAUAUCUGGUGGGUAACAAGAUCAGUGAGGUAGAUGGUCUUCACCGCCUUCUGAAGCUUAAGUUUCUGGACUUACGCCACAACAAGAUUUCUACAUCAAAGGGCCUUGGGCAGUUAGCUGCGAAUUACAAUUCUCUAGAAGCCAUUAACCUUGAUGGCAACCCUGCACAGAAGAAUGUAGGUGAUGAGCACCUGAAGAAGUACCUGCUCGGUCUCCUGCCAAACCUUGUUGUGUACAACAAGCACCCUAUUAGAGCAACUGGUUCAAAAGAUGUGUCAGACCGUCAUAGCCGCAAAAUCUCUUCCUCACACCGUGCUGACCGCGGCGGCCGAUCGGAUCGCAAAUCUUCCAGGAUGGUGGGUGCCUCGUCUUCUCACAAGUCACAGAGCUCACGGCAUGCCCACCCUGGAUAUGCCUCAGGUUCCAUGCUGAAGCACUCAUGGACCCGGAACAUGCCCAUGACUACUUUGCUUGGGUCAAGACCAACCGAACAUAUUGUGAGGUCCAUAGAUGCGGCGAAGCAGACUCAGAUAAACGGAAACACGCAAUAAGAUCAGUCAAGCAGCCUAUCGCUGUUGUGCAUGAAGGAACAGACGAGACACCAGUUUUGCUGAUUUCACAUUUUGUUUGUCUUAUUUCUGAAUAAAGCUCGGAACAAUAAGCAGAGCAGUGCUUUCAUACCAGAGCAGUGCUAUUGAUGUCAUCCAAUACGAUUUGUACACUAUAUACUAUAUCAGUUUUGGUGUUCAGUUUUUUCCCUUAUUACGAAUAAAGCUUGAAACAAUAAGACUAGCAAGCAUUUCUUUCAAGUCAUAAUAUGUUGUGUC